AUGCGAUUGCUGGAGUACAUGACAAAUUCGCUACAACAGUGGAACAACAAAAACAGAAAAAGUGCAAUGGAGACAUCUCCAGAGCUUGGCGAAAAGUACGACAAACUCCUUCGGGAAAAUCUGAUUGCAUCGGAGCAAAUGACGGUGAGGCCUGCUACGGAUCAGUUAUAUACUCUGAAACCUGGCCAGUAUUGCUCUUUUUACUACAAGAAGGAUAAACUCCUUAGCACUUAUGAAUUUCCAGUGAAUCCGAUGCCAGAUGAGAGUUUAUGGGUAAUCCCAACAGAGGUGAUGGAAGAUGUGGUCCUACCACCUAAAGGGAGAGGGAAUGCAGGAAGGCCAAAAAAGGAAAGACUCAAGCCUGCUUCAGAGAAAGAGUCUAAGAGAGCAUUUUCGUGUUCUGUGUGUGGACAAGGUGGUCACAAUAGGAAAACAUGUAGGAAUCGACCAAAAUAA